AGCUCUGAUUGAUCAUACAGAAACAAAGUUUCCAAUUCCUACAAAGAGAAAAGAGAAAGAUUACAUGACAAACUUUUCAAUACCAAAAAACUGAACCACCACCUUUUCUUGUGAAAGUGAUCCUAAAUGUCACAUGGCAACCAAAUCUUCUCCUCAUUUUCAUAGUUCAAAAUUCAAAUACAAAUACAAAUCCCCCAAACCCAAACCCAAACCCAAACCCAAGCCCCAUUAUAAAUUCUUCGCAUGGUUACCUAUUUCUGAGCUCAGCUCCCCCACUGACCCCAUCACUCCUAAACAAUACUUUUGUUGGAUUUCUACCAUGAUCUGUGCUGUGAAACAAUGCUCUAGGGCUAUCCAUUGCUCUGAUGGUGCUAUUCGGAGCAAAACAUCGGUUCCUUCUCGACGAUCCUCGUUUCUUCCACCUCUUCCGGUGCAAAAACCUCGAAACUCCGCUAUUUCUGUUCAUAAGGCUGUACAUGUUUCUUCGCUUGAGAAUUUUGGAACUCUUGGUGUUCGUAAAGCGAAUCUGAUCAAAUGCGAAGCUUACGAGGCUGAGCGAUCGCAGCCGAUCGAAUCGAGCGUUGAGUUGCCGCAAAGUCAGGUCCCUUCUGAGGCCGCGAAGAAGGUGAAAAUUGGAUCCUACUUCGCUCUUUGGUGGGCUUUGAACGUGGUUUUCAAUAUCUAUAAUAAGAAGGUGUUGAAUGCUUACCCAUAUCCAUGGUUGACCUCGACUCUGUCGCUUGCCGCCGGAUCUCUGAUCAUGUUGAUCUCAUGGAUGACGAGAAUUGCCGAAGCUCCCAAAACCGAUGUUGAGUUUUGGAAGUCUUUGUUCCCUGUUGCUGUUGCCCAUACAAUUGGACAUGUUGCUGCAACCGUGAGUAUGUCAAAGGUUGCAGUUUCAUUCACUCACAUCAUCAAGAGUGGUGAACCUGCUUUUAGUGUAUUGGUUUCGAGGUUCUUGCUGGGUGAGACCUUCCCGCUUCCUGUCUACUUGUCGCUCCUCCCGAUCAUCGGUGGUUGUGCUCUCGCGGCUGUGACCGAACUCAACUUUAACAUGACGGGUUUCAUGGGUGCCAUGAUAUCAAACUUGGCAUUUGUAUUCCGUAACAUAUUUUCAAAGAGGGGCAUGAAGGGAAAAUCUGUUAGCGGGAUGAACUACUAUGCAUGUUUAUCGAUUUUGUCUCUGUUACUCUUGACGCCAUUUGCAUUUGCUGUGGAGGGACCACAAUUGUGGGCUGCUGGAUGGCAAACAGCCGUUUCUCAAAUUGGACCUCAUUUCGUUUGGUGGGUUGCUGCGCAAAGUAUAUUCUACCAUCUCUAUAAUCAGGUGUCUUACAUGUCCUUGGAUGAGAUUUCUCCCUUGACGUUUAGCAUUGGAAACACCAUGAAACGAAUAUCAGUCAUAGUUUCCUCCAUCAUCAUCUUCCGCACGCCAGUGCAGCCAGUCAACGCUCUUGGAGCUGCCAUUGCAGUUCUUGGAACCUUCAUAUAUUCGCAGGCAAAGCAAUGAGGAAAGAAGAAAAGAACCACGAAGUUAAGUUUAUGAUAAUGUAGCAUUUAUGUAUCGGAGAGGGCAGUGUGUCUCCUAGUAAAUUUGAGAGAUAAAGAUUAGGUAAAAAGAAAAAGAAGGCGAAGAAAAAGAAGCCAAAGAGGUCGUUUCGGAAUAUUCAAGACUGGGAACUUUUAUUGUAAUGAAGCAGGAGCAAGCACUUGUCCUGUUUGUAGAUAUAAAUAAUGUUUUAGAUUUAUAAGUUUCUAUUUAGGUCGGGUUAAGUAAGGUAAUUAAGGAUUUUGUUGCAGCUUUGUUUGAGAAGAUGAGGAAGGAAGAAAAAAAAAAGGGGAUUUGAAGGGAGAAAUGGUUUUUAAUACAUAAUAAUGACAAGAGACCACCUUGGCUUUUGUCUCCUGGCCUAUUUGAUUAUGAAUCAUAAAUAAUUAUGUGGACCUCUCUUCUUUUGCUUUAAA